AUGGUAAAACUCUCGGUAACACCUGAUAGCCCAGCCUCCCAUGAGGAGCCUGUCCCCAUAUCAUGUCCCGCCGCUCCAUUGAGGUCCCCUUCCGUACCAACAACGAUCCCCCACAAGCGGUCGAAUAAAUAUCAUACUACACCCACCGUCUUAUCACUUGAAAAACGCAAGGAAGUAGCAUUCUUUACAAGCGGACGAUACCUUGGCGGUUUACAAGCAGACGAGUUUCUCAACACCUUCUUACCCUACCGGAAUCCCAAUGCGCGUCGCUUGAAGCCCCGACAAAAACGACGAGACCUCAUGCAAAGCGUUGCUUCACAACAGUCAGAAGCCGAAAUGUACAAGCCAUUCGUCCAAGCUCUCGAGAACUGGCCUCCACGGGAUCCAGAUAGAAAGACCAAGUUGCUGUACAAGGACUGCCACUUAGCGGGUGAUGGUAAUUGCGGAGGCCUCUCAGUAGACAUUCAUAUCGGGACGUCCUCAACGCGCCGAUUGUGGGAAGAUAAACGCUACAUUCCGUUCUCAGAACAAGAGUCGCAUGUGAAGAUGAACUUCUGCGAUAGCUCUGAUCCAUUCUGUGACCGCCAGGCGCGGCAGAAGAAUGUUUUGAUGCAAGGGGAAGCGGAACAGGAAAUCGUGGAGGGAACGGACGAUGAUCAGGGUUUGGUUGAUGACUUGUGCGAUGUGGAUAUCCCUUCACCGCUUCCAGAUUGCGGGCCAGAGCCAGCUGAGGACGAGUCGGAGGAUGGAACUGAGGCGGGACAGAAGGGGUUCAUUUGGAGCCCGCACCAUCUCUUCGAGAAUAUGACAUCGAAGGGUAUUCUAUGUCGUGGGGAGAUCGCAUCCUAUGCUGCAGCAUUACUCACUGUGCAGUAUAGGGUUUUCUUCUUCCAGAUGGUGAUUUUCGGUCAAUAUGCUCGAUUUAUCCGAUGGGAUCGAUCUUGUGCCAUUGUCUCCGAGCGAUUCAGCUACAUCGAAGAGCCCGAGCUCAUCUUUGAGUUUUAUUUUCGGCUUGCUCAACUGGACCCUAUAAGUCGUGGCUAUGACCCCUCAAUCGCUAUGGUCUCGAAAGACGAAGCUGCUCGUGCCCGAGCUGAAUUCAAGAAAUUUAGCCCCGAUGGUUGGCAUGGUCGGUCACAGCUGCCUCAAAGGCUACACCGUACCAUUCACGAGCAACCCUUUCGAUCUGUCGAAAUGCCGGAUGGGCAUCGUUUUAUCAUCUGCGUACCAGUCUUUUCUCUAGAGCACUACACUCCGUUUGGGCGUUGCACACGCCGAUCACUCGCAUUUGAUCCCGAUGCCGGGUCAGUCCACUUUUACAAGGAUUACCAGUCCCAAAAUUACUCGAUCACUCUUAAGGAAGCUGAAGUAUAUGAACGCAUAAACACCAAACGUCUAAUUGGUGAGGUUCCACGCGGCCUUUGUACCAUGAUCUCAGGGGGAGAUGUCCCGAAUACCAAGACCGUCGGAUACGAAUACUGGGAGGAGGGAUGGGUUUAUGGGACUGUAAGGGAACCCAUACAGCUUAUCGCACAUCGGAUCAUCCUCAAGGAAGUUGGGGCGAGUAUCCGGACCUUCACGAAUAUCAAGACGCUGUUGACCUGUGCAGCUGAUGCCAUGGAGGCGCAUACAUGGCUCGUUCAUGAACUCCAUCUUCUGCAUCGUGACAUCUCACCUGGUAAUAUCCUCAUGGAGAGAUAUGCAGAUGAGAAUUACGUGCGGAAGGGAUAUCUUAUCGACUUCGACCAUGCUCUCGAUUUGGCACGAGUCAAUCCGUCACAGUUUCCGGGUCGUUCGGGUACCUUCUUAUUUUUCGCCGCCGCCCUACUCUCUCGCACUCAAGUUGUACAGUCGGAGAAGGAUGAUAGGGAGUCGCUCUUCCACUCCAUCAUUUAUCUGGGAUUACUACAUGCUCAGCACUCGCUUAGCAAUGAUCCGAUUGCUUUGGAGGAAACACUCAACUACAUGUUUGAGAAUGCAAAUUUUCACUCAAGGUCAGGAGGAUUUAUCACUCAGGCAUAUUCGGAGAUCCGUUGGGCAAACCCUGGCUUGCAAAAGUUUGUCGAAGAGCUGGAAAUUGUCUUCAAGUCACGAUAUUCGGGAGGACAGGCUGACGUCGUCAACCUAGAAACGCGCAGCUGGAUGGACAAGAAAAUUCGGGAUAUCCUUCAGACAAUGCCUCCUCCUCCCGAAAGGGAGUUUAUCAUUAACGAUCAUUAUCCUCCAGCUACGACACCUGCGAUGAAGAGGGCACUGUAUACAUAUCAAAACCAGGAUACGGAAAAUCGGCUGGGGUUUGAUGGCCACCUUGACAAGCGACAGAAGACAGAUAACUAG